AUGCCUGCGCAAACUCCUUUCCAAACUCAGAGGGACGCUGCAGCUGAGAAGAGUGGGCCGUUCGCUGCUGUAAUAUUCAUCAUGGCACCAGCUGGGGCAAAGAAGAGCAUUUUGGAGCGUCUGGAUGCAGGAGAGAUCGUUAUCGGGGACGGAGGUUUUGUUUUCGCCCUUGAGAAGAGAGGUUAUGUCAAAGCAGGACCGUGGACACCUGAGGCUGCCGCCGAGCACCCUGAAGCGGUGCGGCAGCUGCACAGGGAGUUCCUGAGAGCUGGCUCCAAUGUCAUGCAGACAUUCACUUUCUACGCAAGCGAUGAUAAACUGGAGAACAGGGGCCACACUCAGCGCUUCACUGGGCAGCAAAUAAACGAGGCAGCUUGUGACCUGGCCAGGGAGGUGGCCAAUGAGGGUGAUGCUCUGGUGGCAGGAGGAGUCUCUCAGACCCCUUCUUACCUCAGCUGCAAGAGUGAGGAUGAUGUCAAGGCCAUCUUCAAGAAGCAGAUUGAUGUCUUUGUCACGAAAGAUGUGGACUUCUUGAUUGCAGAGUACUUUGAGCAUGUGGAGGAGGCCGAGUGGGCAGUCCAGGUUUUGAAGACCACAGGCAAGCCUGUUGCUGCAACUCUGUGUAUUGGACCUGAAGGAGAUCUGAAUGGAGUCAGCCCUGGAGACUGUGCUGUCAGACUCAUCAAAGCUGGAGCUCAUAUUGUGGGCGUUAACUGCCACUUUGACCCGGAGACCUGUGUGAAGACGGUGAAAUUGAUGAAGGAGGGAGUGGAGAAAGCCGGACUGAAGGCUCACUACAUGAGUCAGCCGCUGGCCUACCACACUCCUGACUGCAACUGUCAGGGCUUCAUUGAUCUGCCCGAGUUCCCCUUCGGUCUGGAGCCGAGGGUCCUGACCAGAUGGGACAUGCACAAAUAUGCCCGGGAAGCGUACAACGCUGGCAUCCGUUACAUCGGAGGCUGCUGUGGAUUUGAACCCUACCACAUCCGUGCCGUGGCGGAGGAGCUGGCUCCUGAGAGGGGUUUCCUGCCUGCUGGCUCGGAGAAGCAUGGCAACUGGGGCAGUGGCCUGGAGAUGCACACGAAGCCUUGGGUCAGAGCUAGGGCCCGUCGUGACUACUGGGAGAAACUGAAGCCUGCGUCAGGCCGUCCCUUCUGCCCCUCGAUGUCCAAACCCGAUAGCUGGGGUGUCACAAAAGGCCACGCUGACCUGAUGCAGCAGAAGGAGGCCACCUCCCAGGAGCAGCUGAAGGCUCUCUUUGAGAAGGCCAACAAAGGCCAGUGA